AUGGCAGGAAGAUCAAGAAAACAGAGAAGCAGUUCUAGUUCUUGGAGUUCGGAAUCUUCAUACAACAUGAGUGACUUGCAAUAUCGUGCAAAAUUACCUGAGAAAAAGGCUAAAGAAGAGUUUUUGGCUAACCCCAUAAGAGGCUAUCUCACUGAAGAUGACACAACUCAUGAUAAUUCUUCAAUGGGGAGAAGCAGGAAACGAAAUCGCCAUUCGAAGAAAGAGCAACAUGUUAAAGAUGAAACAUUUUCAUCAGAGGAUAAUCAAGAUUCUUCUGUUUCAAGUAAGAAGAGAAAUACGCGGGGUAGGAGGAAAAGAGCAGGAAUAAGUAGAAAAAGGAAAGUAAAUGGCCAAAAACAGAGUAGAGCAACAAUACUUACAUGGCUUAUAGAUUGUGGUGUAAUUCAAGAAAAUGCAGAAGUUGUUGUCAUUGAAGAGGAGACAACAAAGAAAAUGGGGAAGAUUAAGAAGGAAGGCAUACUAUGUUCUUGUUGCUGUACUGUUCUUACAGUUGGAGACUUCUAUAAACAUGCUGGAGGAACAACUAGCAAACCUUAUGAGUACAUUCUCAUUGCUGAAACAUGUUCUUCACUCUUGUCUUUCAUGGUUAAAGCUUGGUAUUUACCUGAAGAAAGUAAAUUUCAUCGAUUUAACUUAAUUGAAACCAGCCAUGAUGCUAGUGACUCGUACGAUGAUGCUUGCAUGAUUUGUGCUGAUGGAGGGAACCUGAUGUGUUGUGACAACUGCAGCUCUACUUACCAUCAUAAUAAGUGCUUGGGAAUGCAGGAGGUUCCUAAUGGUUCGUGGUAUUGCCCAUUUUGUGUGUGCAAAAUCUGUGGUGAUCCUGCUUAUGAAAAUGAUUAUUUGCAGAAAUGUCAACAAUGUGAGAGAAAAUAUCACAGGGAGUGCCGUCAAGCCAGAGAACCAGUCAGUUUAGACAUGAAUGAGACCCAAGAAGACACAUUCUGUGACCUUACCUGCAAAAAGAUUUAUGAUAAACUGGAGAGGUGCUAUCUUGGUGUUGAACAUGAGCUCGAUAAAAGUUACAAAUGGACACUUCUUCAGAACACAGAUGAUGGCUCUGGAAUUAAUAUAGAAGACGAUUAUCAAAGAACUGUGUGUCACUCCAAACUAGUCGUGGCACGACGACUUAUGGAAGAUUGUUUCGAGGAAAUUAUAGACAGGCAUACUAAAAUUGAUGUCGUCAAAAGUCUGGUCUACAACUGCGGGUCAAAUUUCAACAGGGUGAAUUUCAGGGGCUUUUACACAUUUAUUUUAGAAAAUGAUGAAGAGAUCAUUUCUGCAGCAACCAUAAGGAUUCAUGGAACAAACCUUGCUGAAAUGCCCUUUAUCGCGACAAAUAAGGAAUAUAGGAGAAAAGGAAUGUGCAAAAAGCUAAUGGUUGCCAUUGAAACAACUCUUUGCUCUCUAAAGGUAGAAAAGCUGGUAAUUCCAUCAGUAUCAGAGUGCAUAGAGACCUGGAUAGAAAGCUAUGGUUUUCGUCUCAUUAGCUCUCCACUACCAAAAGAGAUAACAUUGCACAAUACAUUGAUGUUCCAUGAUUCAGUGAGAUUACAAAAAGACAUCCGUCCAUCCGCUUCUGAUAAGCCAGAAGAGACACGGAGUUUCCCGAAGAAAUGUGAAGAGCCAAGACCCUUUGACUUGAAUGUUGAAGCAUCUCAUCAACAGGACAAAGACUGA